UGUCAAAACAAACCGCACAGUGAUGAGUUGGUUUUGCAGAAUUAGUAGCAUUUGUAUUUAGUUUCUUUAAAAAAUUUUAGUUAAAACAAAAAUAAAAGAUGGACACAGAUAAAUUGGCAUUGAAUUCUAUAAGACAGGAUUUAAUUGACAACAAUUUGCAGGCGAAAGCAAUUAUUCAAGACAUACUUACAUACCGUGGAUCCAUAUCUGAAUUAGAAGCGUUCAAUGAAGUUGGCAGAGCAAAAUUAGCUGCUUUACGUAAAAAUAUACAACACCUUGAUGACUGGGCACGUGAUAUGAGUGAUCCGGAUCUAUCCAAAGAAGUAGACGAAUAUCGACAGCAAUUCUCUAAAACACUGCAAGCUUUUCGUAAAGCUAACAUAUCAGCUAUGUUGGAAAUAGAAAAAGCUAAUCGUGAAGAAUUGAUGGCUAUAACAGGUGAAAGUGAACUGCGUCAACGUACUACGGCGGGUGCACGUCACAAUCGUACUAGUUUAGUAUCACAGGAAAAUAAUGUUACCGAAAAAAUGCUGGCCAUAUCAAGACAUUUGUCUGAGACAACGCAAAAAAGUGCUCACACACUUGAAACGUUGGUUGCUUCAUCACAGAACGUUGAAGCCACUAGGGAUGAAUUACACAAUACGGCAGGUACAAUAUCACAGUCCGGCAAGUUGUUAAAGAAAUAUGGACGACGAGAGUGUACAGAUAAGAUGUUGCUGUUCUUUGCCUUUACGCUUUUCUUAGCAUGUGUGUUUUAUAUUGUACAAAAGAGGCUAUUUUAGAUUAGGCUAGGCUAGAUUAGACUGAAACCGUGUAUGCAUAAUGAUAAGUGCUAAGAAAAUGCCGUAACAUUGAUAUAGAUUUUAAAUUAAUUUUUUUACAUUAACCAACUGGAAUAGCAAAUUUUAGUAUAUGCAUUUAUAUCUUUAUUUAAAUAUAAACUAUUUUAAAUAGUAAAAAUUUGUUAAUAAAUAACCACGAAUUAUCUUAAAUUUAAAAUGUUUAGUUAAAUAUUUAAACAUAACUUGUUAGGCCUUUAGUAUAAAUCUU